AUGAGCAGGGAGAAGGGAGGGAGAGAGGAAUCGAGACAGGGAAUAUCUAAAGAGUAUAUUCACCAACUGAGUGGAUCUCAUCAAAUUUUUUUUGAAAUUUCAUUAAUCAUUUUAUUUGCCGUCUUUAAGAAUUUUACAGUAAAAGUUGGGAGACCACCAAAGGAUUAUAUGGAUUCCUUCUAUGACAGAUCAGAUUUUGUGGGAAAACUACCCAAUGCCAGUCUCAUUGCCUUUCACCCAGACGGGAAUCUGUAUGUCAUUAAAGACACAGAGAUUUACAUGGGGCCUAUUCCAUCAGACCAGAGCCAGGACUGGUUUUCUUUGGCCAAGAGAGUAGGAAAAAACACGUGGAAUCAAUUUAAAUCUGUGUUGUUCCACCCAAAUGGGGAUCUAUAUGCGGUGACAAAAGAUGGAGAUCUGUACAAGGGCCCGGCACCAAGUAAUGAUAAUAUCUCCUGGCGUUAUGAACAAGCUACAAGGAUUAGUGAGGGUGGAUGGAAUUUUGAUGCUUAUUUUUUUGAUGGAGAAGGUUUCUUGUAUGUAGUGACUUCCUCGGGCGAGCUUCGGAAAAGACACCCACCAAUCAACAUCUCUGAUAAAUGGUAUGAAGCAAGUUCAAUAGUUGAUGGAAGCGAUUGGCAAAAUCUUACCCAUUUCAUAGGUUUCAGCCCUGGUGGAGACCUGUGGUGUGUGGAGAAGAAUAAAGGAAACAUAUACAGAGGGCCACUUCCAACCAACAGGGAAAUGAAAUAUAUGGAUACGGCAAAACACUUGGGUUAUGACUAUAAUCUAUAUAAAUUCCUUAGCUUCUCCAGAGAUACAACAAUCACAAAUAUCCUGGCGUUUGAGUUCCUGAUUGAUGAAGCCAAAACCCUUUCCGAGAGCAUCGAGGUGGUGGAGAGGCAAAACUAUGAUAACAGGAGAAGCACCACGCCAUUAAAGUGCGCAUUUACAUUCAGUAGAACCAUAAAGGAAGUGAGCGAAUUUAGCCAUGAACACGGAUUCACCGUUGCACUUGGUAGUGAACUGACAUUUGAAGCUGUGUGCUACACUGGGAUUCCGUUAAUAAGUAAAGCUGAAAUAAAGGCUCAUUUGGACGUUAGCACAACACACAACUGGAAAUGGUCCACAAUCAAUGAAAGGGAGGUUUCCUUCUCUGCAACUACAAAUGUUGAGGUACAGGGGGGCAAAGCUGUGCGUCUGGAGGCAACAGUCAGAAAGGCGGAAAUCAACAUCCCCUACCGGGCUAAAGUCCGCACCCUCUUUGGCUAUGAAAACAUGAUCUCUGGAACAUUUAAUGGGGUUUCUCACUAUGAUCUUGUGGUCAAGCAAGAAGAUGUGACUCUGUAGGUCUGGCUUGGCUUGUAGGUGUCACUGUUUCUAAUAUGUAAUCGCUCAGACUUAAUAUAUAUACACACAAUACACUCUCUUAUAAUUAAUAGUAAAAGAAUUGUUAAAAGGGUUAUUCUCCUUCAGAUUCUCUUCAGC